UUCUACUUUCUCCUCAUUGACUCCAUUUUUGAAAAAAAAACUCCUGAUUUUCUUUUUAGCCGAAUCUCAUACUCUCUCUCUCUCCCCUCCCUCCUUCGGAUUCCCUCUUCCACUAAUCCUCGCCUCCUUAAUCGGACCUUCGAAAUCCCUUUUUUUGGGUGGGUGUGUCUUUCUUUAUUCAAUCGAAACUCCAAUCCGAUUUCAACCUUUCUUGGAAUCUCCGUCUUCUUCCAAAAAGCUUCUUCAUCGGAGAGACAAGACACCUAAUCACAAACUCCUAAUUAGACCUAUCUUAGAUAGGUCAAUCAAUCAACAAGUACUUGGGGGAAGACUGUGUUGCUGUUUUUGUUUGUUUGUUGUGGCAUUUUGAUAUUUGUGCAAGAAAGAAAGAGAGAGGAGAGAUGUUGGGAGCUGGAUGUCAGUUGACGAGAGGCGGGCGACACGGGGAAGACCCUUUUUAUUACAGCUCAGCCAAAGGAGGAGCUCGUAAGCCCAAUAAUAAUCACCACCGCGCCGCCGAUCAGCUGCUGCGUAGAGCUCAGAGCGACGUCUCUAAUGGCCGAUCAGCUAAUAAUAACCCCAAGGAACAACAACGUCGAGAAGAAGAAGAAGAAGGCGAGAAGGAGUCUCCUUCUGGGCCGACUAAUCUUGAACGUUUCUUAGAGUCGGUCACACCUUCUGUGCCGGCCCAGUACUUACCCAAGACGUCGUUACGGGAGAGAAAAGCUGAUGGUGAUGAUAAAGUUCCUUACUUUGUGCUUGGAGAUAUCUGGGAGUCGUUUGCGGAGUGGAGUGCUUACGGGGCAGGAGUGCCUCUUGUUUUGAAUAACAAGGAUCGUGUUAUUCAGUACUAUGUGCCUUCCUUGUCAGGGAUUCAAAUAUACGCUGAUACUCACGCGUUGAGUUCGUCUCUUAAAGCAAGACGGCCUGGUGAUGGUAGCGAUGAUUCUAGUAGCGAUGUUAGCACGGAUAGUGAUUCUGAACGGGUUACUGCAAGGAUGGAUCAUGUUUCGUUGAGAGAUCAGCAUCUGGAAGACUCUUCGAGUGAUGACGGUGAACGUUUAGGAUCUCAAGGUCGUUUGAUGUUUGAGUAUCUCGAAAGAGACCUUCCUUACAUCCGUGAGCCUCUAGCUGAUAAGGUAUCUGACCUCGCUGCUCGGUUUCCUGAGCUGAAGACGCUAAGAAGCUGUGACUUACUUUCUUCAAGCUGGUUUUCCGUGGCAUGGUACCCAAUUUACAAAAUACCCACAGGACCUACAGUUAAGGAUCUGGAUGCUUGCUUCUUGACGUAUCAUUCCCUUCACACACCCUUUGCAGGUCCAAGCAUUGCACAACCAAUGAGCCUUGUGCAGUCCAUAGAGAGUGAGAAGAUGUCAUUGCCAGUUUUUGGGCUCGCUUCAUACAAGUUCAGAGGUUUUGUAUGGACACAAAAUGGAGGCUCUGAGCACCAGCUAGUGAACUCUCUCUUCCAAGCUGCUGACAAGUUGCUGCGGUCAUGUCAUGUUAGCCAUCCUGAUUUCCUCUUCUUCUGCCGCCGCUGAUAUGAUAACUUUUAGUACGAUUUAAAAAAAGGAAGUUUCUCGAUGAGGAACACAGUCAAAAUGAAUUUGUGAAAACAAUUUUAGUGGUUCACAAAGAGUUUGAUAUAUUAAACUCAAGCUGUUGAUGGUUGGUCUCAGACCUAAAGUUGCUUUAUCUGUAAGUUAUAGAUAAACGAGUUUUGUUUUUGUCAGGUUAUGUAUGUGGAUCAUGGGCUAACCUUUUUGUUGUAUACCAAUACAUACCAUUGUUGUCUGCAAUAGAAACUGUUGGAGUUAAUGUGAA